UUUUCAGGUCACGAAUCAGUUUCUCAAACAGUUAGGUAUACAUCCUGACUGGCAAUUUGUAGAUGUUUAUGGUAUGGAACCAGAACUGCUUAGCAUGGUGCCAAGACCUGUCUGUGCAGUGCUACUUCUCUUUCCAAUAACAGAAAAGUAUGAAACCUUCAGAACAGAAGAAGAAGAGAGAAUAAAAGCUAAGGGACAAGAUGUCAAGUCAUCUGUGUAUUUCAUGAAGCAGACCAUUAACAAUGCUUGUGGAACAAUUGGUCUAAUUCAUGCUAUUGCGAACAACAGAGAUAAAAUGAACUUUGAAACUAAUUCUUCACUGAAAAAGUUCCUAGAAGAUUCAUUAUCUAUGACUCCUGAAGAGAGGGCCAAAUAUCUAGAAACUUAUGAAGCUAUUCGUGUCACUCAUGAAUCCAGUGCCCAUGAAGGUCAGACUGAGGCACCGAGUAUAGAUGAAAAAGUAGAUCUUCACUUUAUUGCAUUAGUUAAUGUAGGUGGUCAUCUCUAUGAAUUGGAUGGGCGCAAGCCAUUUCCAAUAAACCAUGGGGAAACCAGUGAUGAUUCUUUUUUAGAGGAUGCAAUAGAAGUUUGCAAGAAAUUCAUGGAACGUGACCCAGAAGAAUUAAGAUUUAAUGCGAUUGCACUGUCUGCAGCUUAAAAGCCUUUUCCAGUGGGGCUAGUCUAUUGCAAUGUAUUGUAACAAUAAAACUGUUGCCAUAUGUUAAUAGUACAAAUUUUGAUACUUCCCUAACAUGUUGAUUAAUUGUAGCAUACGUGGAAUAAACUUUGCAUUUGUCCUUGCUAUAUCUUGCUGCUUGUUCCUAAAGCAACUUUGGGUAUUUAUAUACACGCAUGCAUUUUGUGCAAGACUUAUAUGUGGUGGGUUUUUCCCCUUCCACCCCCUUAAAAGUUUGGGGAAUUACUGCCUGUGAUAUUUCAUCAUAAUAAUGAUGAGCAAGCUCAGAGCAGGAUUAUCAUUUGUAUCAUUCACAGAUGACAUUUUGAGUGGAGUAUGUGGUAUGUUUAUGGAUAAAACCUUGACAUAUGAGGCUAUCUCCAUCUUUAAUUAUACUGAUACAAGAAUAUUAUAAUAACUUCUGCAGGUGACUCAAAAGACAAAAGUAUUUUUUUCAGUGCAUUAUUUAUAAAUAUAUGGAAGAAAAAAGGCAGAAAAAGGACUGUUUCUUCUUACUGUUGGUGAGCACUAACAUUUUAAAAAUACAUUUUGAAUAAAAAUUUUGUUUCUCAAGCCUAA